GAUUUUAAAAGUGACGGGGAAAACCAGGACGACCCAAAAUUCCACGCGGUCACGGGGAGAGAGAUAAACGCAGACUCCGCAUUUACAGCAGCAGGCAUCGUCAUGGUCGGGAUGGAACCCACGACCUCCUGCGUACCAGGCGAGGUAGUCAACAUCUCGGCACAACAGACCGCACGAGAGGGAGCAUCACGAGAGAGGCUCUCCAGGGGGCAUUUUUUGGGUCUCCUCUUCCACGCUGCGCCAACGACGUUGUAAAAGGUGGGGGGUAGCCAAAGCCUCACAUCAACUUGAAGGGGCGCCUGCCUGGAAUGCAACUUGACUGGUUUUAUCAACACUGCUGUGAAUAGCAAACACCGUGUGCUCUCUUUCUCUCUCUUGUGUGUUUGUGUGACUACGCAUCGCCUCGAUCGCUGCCUACUGUUGUUAAGGUCUCCGACGACGCCGAUGACUUAACCACUUCAGGUCGUUCUUUCAACUCUCACUUCAGUCGGCGCCGCAUAAGCGACCUCACGGGGAGUGUUCGAGAGCGGUUUGGCGCGACCGACUGCGAAAAAGCCGCAGCGCAGAUGAAGGAAAAUCACCGACGGCGGACGGGCGGAAGGACGGGCGUUAAAAAUGAAUCUUCCUUCGUAUUUCAUCGCCCUUCAAUCGUUCGCGACGCUGAUACUUCUCUCUGAAAGUGCGACGAUCAGCAACGGGCUACAAGAGGUUAUCAAAGGCGGAUGUGACGAAACAACGCACUACUUGUCAACACGUGGCAUCUGUUGUGAGCUCUGCAAAGCAGGUAGCAAGAAGGUGAUGGAUUGCGAAUCCAACACGAGCGGCACGUAUUGUACGGCUUGCCGCGUGGGAGAAGGCUACACGGAUGAACCGAACAGCUUCAACGAGUGCAAGAAGUGCACCGUUUGCAACGUGAAUUUCGAAAACACUGAGAGCAGAUGCACCGUCAGGCAGGACACUCGCUGUCGCUGUAAAGACGGCUUCCAGAGGGCUGCCCCAUCGGACCCCUGCACGGACGCGAAGGCAGAAGCAGACGUUGCUGGAGCUAUUGCCGGUGCUGUCAUUGGUGAUGUCGUGAUCACCAUUUUAUUUGUGGUGACCGUGGGCCUCCUUCUCUACAGAAUUCGCAAUGGACACUUCCCCUGGGACGUUGCUGGAGGCAUCACCGGUACUGUCAACAUUGCAGUCGUGGUCAUCUUACUUGUGGCGACCGUGGGCUUGCUUGUCGACAGAAUCAUCCUAAAACGCUUCCCGUGGAACGUUGCUGGACCUAUCUUCGGUGCUGUCAUUGGUGCUGUCGUGCUCCUCAGUUUAGUUGUGGUGGCCAUGGGUCGCGUUCACUACAGAAUCCGCAUUGGACACUUCCUCCGGGAAAGACGUCAUGGUACAAGUCAGAAUAUACCUUUGAAUACGGCUGAAGAGGGUGUGAUUAGUGCAGAGGAUUUCAUUGGUAAAAUGAUCACGGAAAAUCAAGAGGGCAACUGGAAGGACAUUGAGAAGCAUUUGCCAGAGUUGCGAGAGUGGAUCGGCAAAACUCCCUCCCUUUUCCUGCACGAGCUGAAGACGAGGAAUGUGGUUACAGAAGAGGAGUACUGGAGGGCGUUUACAAUUCCCGUCGCCGCCAUGCGCGAGGACUCCAUCCUGUUGCCCGUCAUGAGACGAGGGGGCGGCAAACGCCGAGAGUUGCUGGAGAUACUCGAACAACAGCGGAGUAGGGAACGGCAUUUCCUGGACAUGCUAAAGACGAGCCAUUUGUGCUCGCCCACUCUGAACCCCAACUCGGCACAUCGACAGCUUCAAAUUUCUGCCGAUCUCAGCACAGUGACGUGGAACCAGACGGCUCAGCCUUACUCUGAUCACGCAGAGAGGUUUGAGUGGUGGCCAAUAGUCCUCUGCUUUGAGAACUUCUCGUCGGGUGACCACUACUGGGAAGUGGACGUGAGAGCCUCUAAAAACUGUUCUAUAGGCGUCGCAGGUGAGUCGAUUCCUAGGAAUCGUCAAGAAAAGUCUGUCAGGCUGGGCUGGAAUGAGAAGUCUUGGGCGUUCAUUCAAUGGGAUUCAAAUUACUCUGCAAGACAUGGCGACCAAUCCAUUGCUUAUCCAGAGAUUACGCAUUUGGAGAGAGUCGGCGUUCGCUUGGACUUUAACGCAGGAAAACUUUCGUUUUACAACGCCAGCACCAUGGAGCUGUUGCACUCAUUUGAUGACAUUCCAAGUGAGCCUCUCUGUCCGGCUAUGCAGAUGAAGUCGGGCUCAGUCGCGAUUUACGAAGCUCAAUCAUUCAAGAACCUGACUUUGGAUGAGAGCAGAGAAGACAUUCAGAUUUGUGAUCACUUUGCAAACGGUGGAGUUCAUCACACAAACAACACCGAUGCAGAGAAGGGUGACAGCGAAGAUGAAUUGCUCAGAACGACGACGGAAGAACCUCCGGUGGCACGUGAGUUGAUCGGUAGGAGCCCUGCAAUGCUACAUCGCGAGUUGCUCGUCCAGGGUCUCAUCACGCAAUCCGAGCUCUCAGAAGUCUAUUCGAUACCCCGCGCAUCAGCACGAGCUGACUUCAUCAUCAGCCGCCUCGAUCACAAGCAGGAAGAGAGCCCGCAACUCAAAGGGAUUCUGCAUGAACAUCGUGAAAAGCAAGAGGCUUUUCUGAAAAUGCGGAGAGAGUCGAGCACUUGCUCGCCGACUCUGAACCCAAACACUGCACAUCGGAACCUCCAGAUUUCUGCCGACUUUAAAACCGUCAGGACUUCCACACACACCCAACCUUACCCUGACAAUUCAGACAGGUUCGACCACUACCAAGUGGUCAUUUGCUCUGAGAAAAUCGUGUCGGGUCGCCACUACUGGGAGGUGGACGUGAGAGGUUGUGAGAAAUUCGUCAUCGGUGUCACGUAUGACGCGAUACCACGGAAAAGUGAUGACAAAUCCUGUAAAAUUGGGUUCAAUGAAGUUUCGUGGAGCCUUAAGAAAUGGGACGACUACAAGGCGGUACAUAACGAGACAGAAACAAAACUGACGGUGCGAGAUGCUCCCAAAAGAGUCGGGGUUCACGUGGACUGGGAGGCGGGCGUCUUGUCAUUCUACAGCGCCGACUCCAUGUCGCUGCUGCAUCGAUUUCAAGGAAAAUUUGAUCGAGAGCUGUACCCUGCAAUGGCCGUGCUGCGUAGAAGUCUCUCAAUAUGCCCGUUGCCUUACUUAGACGCUCGUCGUUAGCGAUGAGAGGCUCCGAUUUGAGCGGUCGCCCAUGCGACCCCUGUAUGUAUGUAGAGUAACUCCCUGUACAACCGCGAGGGUUCAGGUUCCUGAAAACCCUCGGAGUUGGUAAAGUUACAGGGGGCCUAUGGGUUGUAGGGGGUUAGGGGAACCACGGGUGUGGUUAGUCUCAUCAUAGCUUAACUAAGUUGCCUAUUAUUAACUAAAAUAUGUUACGUAAUAAAAAAGAAACACGACUUUAACUUUACAUACCUUUUAAUAUUAACGACGUUUAAAAUUAAGAAGUAUUAACGACGAUGAUGACGAUGACAAUGAGAUGACGGGGAAGGGCUGGUUAGAAGGAGGAGGGGCUCAGCCCAGCCACCCCCUUCCUCAAGACCACAGACGCAACUCCCUCUCACCACUCGUUGCAUGCUUGGGUCCAUGAAUAAGCGCAAAAUGAUUGUGCACCAUGAAGUACUGUACAACAAAACAGACGGCAAGCUGAUCACUUGAGCAGCGCCAUGGCCCCAUGGAAUUUGUAUUACAUUUCGCGGUUCGCAGAGCAUACAAAACCUCUGUAUUGAUGUCAGGUGUUUACGUAUUUUUAUAUUAAUCUGUUCAUAUAGUCGAUCGUGCUGCUUAUGAAUCAAUGUUAUGCUAAUGUCCGAUUUUUUUUAUUUCUGAGAUUCUGUGUAUAUGGUAUUCCGAUGUCAUAUUUCAUCUUUAACUUGAUUCUGUGAGAGCCAUAUUUUGUAUUAAACUCCAUACAGCGAGUGCAAACAAAACCAUUGCAUUCCGAUGGCGUACAUCAUCCUAAACUUGACUGGGGGUGAGCAGCUACAAAACGGGAUAUAUAUUUUUUGCGAGUAUUAAAGUAUGAAAACAUAACAGGAGGUUUUAACCCUUUCUGGCACUUAAAACUUUCGUGUUAAGAUUAGUAAAACAUCAAAUAGAAACCUUCUACAAGGAACUGUGUCACUGCGUUAACCACACACAGGGUCCUUGUGGUGAACAUGCAAAAGUGCUGCUCGCAUUUUGGCGUUCUGUGGCCUGACACUGGUGGUGAGACUGGGCCCUAAAGAAGUCUGCUGUCUCUGGUGUGGACCAAUCAGUU